GCCCAGAGCUGGGACUGCGAACGAGGCGCGGUGACACCACGUGACGCAGGGAUCGCUGCGCGCCCGACCCGAGCUCAGUCCGUGCCGAUCCAAGACUGCGAGACGCUCCGUGGGCAGCAGGAGGGCAGCAGCGGAGGGCAGCGACUGUCCCCCACCCAGCCCCCCCCCCCCCCCGCGGGGCAUGGGAGCAUGAAGAGCGCUGAGCGGUCCGGAUUCAUCCCAGGAGCGAUGUUGGACGCGCGGCCAGAGCUGCGGAGAGAGCCCGCGGUGCCCGGCGCAGACCUCGACCCCCUUUGCUCGCGCUGCUGUGGAGUGGGGGCGGCCGCCUCCCUGGGGGGGCUUCCUGCUCGCUGCGGGGGUUCCCGGUGUCGCCUCCACGCGCUAGGGGGGGCGGCUGCCCUUGGCCUCCUCCUCCUCGCGGCGUGUCUCGGACUCCUGGCACUACUCGGGCCGCGACGCGGGGAGCCCGUGGAGGUGGCGCUCUUCCUGGUGUUUGAGGACACGCGGGGCCGGGACGUGAACGAGACGAUCGUGGUCAGGAGGGACGAGGAAGUCGUGACCUUCCACACGCUCGGGUCCGCCGAGCAGUCUCACUGUGCGCUGUACGACCACCACAACGGUCUCGUGUGGGUACGCCCGGCCUCGCGUCGCGUCUGUCUGCUGAGGCGCAUGAGCCGCCCCGAGAAACGCCACGUGGCGUCCGUGCUGCGCGGGGCCGGCCGCGGUGGUCAGGUGAGGAUCUCCCGGAACGCCACGCGCUUCCCCCGCGAGAUUCUUCUCAUCCGCGCCUCGCGCCCUACACCCCUCCCGGGGCACGCCACCGUGCCCGCGCUCUGCCACUCCACGCCCGUGCUGUGGGCGGCGAGAUCCGCAGAGAUGGCCACGUGGCGCACCAUGUACUUCUGCCUGGACCUGUGCUUCCUCAACAGCCUCUGCGCCUCAUUCUGCUUCUACUACCUCCCCGACUGAAGAUCCACCCCGCGUCCCCCCCCCCCCCUCCUCCACAGCAACGUCCCGGCACUACGAAGGGUUGCCACCUCCGAGGUACAAGGAAACGGGACAUGUCGUGGGCAGAAGGAUAUCGCGCAAGACCGGACCGGCAGAGGAGAGAACUACACGUGGAUGCACUGUCUUGAGUGGUCCAUCAGGGGUGCGAUUUCAUUGGACGGGUGGCAGGGGGGAGGGGGAAGAUUUUUCCUGUCUGCUUUUUUUGUUAUCCCAGGGACAGCACUUUGGGUUGUCAUCUCCCCCCCCGGGAAGGGGGAGGGGAAGGGGGGAUACAUUUGAUUUGAUCAUUAACAAUGCCAGGGAUGAGCCUGAUUCGUACUUGAAUGUGAAACUGCUUGACAACACCACGUGUUGUAAGCUUGGGCUACGAUGUGGCCAGGAGAUGGAAGUCCAGCAAUGGAUUCUUGAAUCUAUCCGUGCGGAGCUUUGCGUGUGUGUGUCCCACCCCCCCUCCAUCUCCACCCCAAACUCGCCAAUGUGGUGGUUUUUCUCCGGUAUCCUUCCAGAAGCCAAACACUUAUCAAUGUGGAAUUGAUGUGGAAUUGUCCAAACCAUUGUAUCCCCCCCACACACACACACACACUGGAAACUUGGCAACACAAGGAGUUUGAAUGUCGCGAGAAAACUUGUGUGUGUGCUGCCAGGUAGAAGCCUCCUCCUCAACAAGAGGCAAAUCCUGGGAGAAAUUAAAAAACCCAGGGCAGGUGGCAACCAGGGGGCGUGCGUCCAGGGCUGGAGAGUAUGUGGCUUUGUCAACUUGGAAAUCACCGCGCGUGAGAACGAGAGUGCUCGCCUAUAUACAAAAAAAAUCGUGUUAUUGGGUAAUGGUUUUGCGUUGGCAGUGGCGCAAGAAGCACAAAUAACAAUAAACUCAACGCAUGCGUCAGUCACAGCCUUACUUUUUUUUUACAAUAGGUGACGUUUCGGGCAAUGGCCGUUCUUCAUAACACAGGCCGCAGAGACAACAGUAGUAGAUAAGGUAUGAAUAUAAGAAUAGGUUUACCCUUUCUGGCAAUGAAACUGGUGUUAAGACCACCAAAUAUAAACCUUUUGCAAGGAAUCGAGUCUGCAUUAGUCAAGCGUACUUGUGGUGAACAUGCAAACAAAACGUGCUCUGAUGAUACGUCACAUUCCUUUUGAAGCUGAUUGGCCUACACCAAAGGAGCCGUCCAUAAAUGACGU